CUUACCCCAAAGGAGAGACCGCCGGAGCACUUCCAAAAAUGGGGGCUUACAAGUAUGUGUCGGAGCUAUGGAGGAAGAAGCAGUCGGAUGUCAUGAGGUUUUUGCAGCGGGUGAGAUGCUGGGAGUAUCGCCAGCACCCUUCCAUCGUCCGUCUUACCCGUCCAACUCGCCCUGACAAGGCUCGUCGUCUGGGUUACAAAGCCAAGCAGGGUUAUGUCGUCUAUCGUGUCCGUGUGAGGCGUGGUGGAAGGAAGAGGCCAGUUCCUAAGGGUAUUGUGUAUGGCAAACCUACAAAUCAGGGUGUCACCCAGCUGAAGUUCCAGAGGAGCAAGCGUUCAGUUGCAGAGGAGAGAGCUGGAAGGAAGCUAGGUGGCCUUAGGGUUUUGAACUCAUACUGGAUCAAUGAGGAUUCAACAUACAAAUACUAUGAGAUCAUCUUGGUUGAUCCUGCCCAUAAUGCUAUCAGGAAUGAUCCUAGGAUCAACUGGAUCUGCAAUCCUGUUCACAAACACAGGGAGCUCCGUGGUCUUACUUCUGCUGGCAAGAAGUACAGGGGUCUCCGUGGCAAGGGACACUCGCACCACAAGGCCAGACCCUCGAGAAGGGCAACCUGGAAGAGGAACAACACUCUUUCCCUCCGCCGCUACCGAUAAAGUUUUGGUCUUAUUAUUUGUUAUUGUUAUCUUUGUUGUAGGAUUGCAUACUUUGAGACGGUACUAGUUUGAACAAAUAUGUUUAAAUUUGCUGUGAUGAGGCCGCUGGGUUUGGUACUUGUUGAACCUGAAAUUUUCCUUUUCCUUUUCUGUUCUCUCUGGUUGUUGAUCAUCAAUUUUUCACUUCUGGUUGAUGUGCAUGCCCUAAUUGUUUUGUUGAUUUGCUUUGUCAAUGUUUAGGCAACAAAGCGAUGUGAUAUUU